GUAUAAAAGACAGACUGCCCCUCAUCCAGACACACACCUGCAGCAACCCUGUUAUUUGAAGGUUACAGGCUGUCUCAUUUCCCCCUACUGGAAUUCAGUUUUUUUUAUUAAUAUUAAACAGCAACUCCUCUCUUAGAAGAUGCAGACGAAUUGUGCUCUACUCUGUAUCUCACUCUGUGUAUUUACUGCACAUCUCUCAAGGAUCCAUGGCGUGACCCUCUCGAAUCCAGAGAAAAAAGGCUGGACUCUACACAGUGCUGGGUACCUACUAGGACCUUAUGCUCACAGAAGUCUUAAUGUAAGACACAGGGCAAUGGGCAAAAAAGACAUGUGGAACAAGAGUUCAAGCGUGCUAACAUCUUCAUACAAUGAUUCCUAUCUGCACUCACUACUGGGUCAUCUUGCAUAUCUGCGAUUAAAAGAAAUGGGAAUGACUGAAGAUUUUAGUGGCUCUUUAAUUAAUGGCCAUAUGAAGCAAUAACAGAAAUAUCCCUGUUUAACUGUCAACAGCUGCCCUCUAAAAUUAUUUUGCAUUCCUUCCUAUUUAUUAUUAUUUGUCAUGUAUUAAAAAAUUGUUCAAAUGCGAUUAUCCCAUGAAACUGAUUUGGCUCAUCUCACCACAUCUCACAGAACCAUUGUUGGUGCAUAAUUUCCUGCUUCUGAGUUCAAACAAAGCAAUUCAUGACAAAUGUUUUAAAAAGCCUUUAAUGUUUAUUUCAUAUUAAAAGGAAAUUGAUGUAGCUAAUCCGGGAGCAGCAAUUUACUGUAAAAAAAAAGAUGCUGGAUUAAAAUUUUAAGUUCAAUCAACUUGGAUGUUUAAGUCAUUUCAACUUUAACAUUAAACUGACUUAAAAAUGAGUUGAAUAUUGAAUAACUUGCUCAACCUAUUUUGCUGAGUUAAUGUGCAAUGAGCAAUGUAAUAACAUAUGAUGUCAUGGUCGAUUAUGUAAUUUUUACACUGUUUUUUUGGUGAAUAAGAGGUGAAAACUAAUGAAAUCUGUUGAUUACAAAUACACAUUUUUGAACAAAUAGCAAACUAUCUCGCUGAUUCCAAUAACCAUUGUUUGACUUAACACAGAGAAAGCAUAAUAAUAAAAGGCCUAAUUAAAACAUGAAACGUAGUGGGAGUGUAUAUUAUUAUGAAGUGUGAUAAAGA